UAGUGAUUACGUGCAUAAAGUCCAACUUGCUUACAGGUUGUGAUGUUAGACUGCCGCUACGCGUGUACCGUAUACGCGAUGCGUGGUGGUGGGGGUGCAUGUGCAGCUAGCUAGGCAGUAGCACAUUGUGCGUGGUGCACGGUGAUUGUAAACAUUCAACAACUUGUACUUGACAACAUGGGUGCUUGCAGUGCACACUUGCAAUGGAGAGCUUGGGCAGCUUUACUCGGUGGAGUUCUUGUCCACAUUACACUGGGAACAAUCUACACAUUUGGUAACAUGUCACCUUAUUUCACCUCCUACAUCCGUGAGUUCAGUCAGCCACAUGAUCUUCGUUACCAGGAGGCUAGUUUGAUCUUUGCUCUGAUGCUUGUUGGUCAAGGAUCAAGUAUGUGGAUUGGUGGGUUUCUGGAAAGAAAGAUUGGUGUACGUAUUGCAGUAUUGAUUGGAGGAUGGACCAUGAGCCUUGGUGUACUGCUGUCUUACUUCACCAUUGAGCAUUCAUUCACUCUGAUGACUCUAACCUAUGGUGUACUUCAAGGCAUUGGUAUUGGUAUCGCAUAUGCUCCACCACUUGUAUGUGCCAUGCGUUGGCUGCCAAAACGGAAAGGUUUAGUCAAUGGACUUGUUGUGGCAGGAUUUGGCGGUGGUGCUUUCUUCUUUGAUCAAAUCCAGACAGCAUUUAUCAAUCCUAAUAACCUUGUGGCUAACGUGUCAUUGCCACAGCGUCCAGAUGAAAAAUACUUCCAGGAACAUUCCUUAUUGCAAAGGGUGCCCACUAGCUUUCUCCUUUGUGGUGGAUGUUAUGCUGUGUUGCAGUUAAUAGGGUGUUUGCUGAUGUUUGAUCAGCCUGACACAAAUGUUAAAAAUAAAUUCCAAUCAGAUGACAAGAAGUCCUUGAUUAAUAAACAAACUAAGAAUGUGGCCUCUGCCAAUGCUGCACCAGAUGAGAAUGAAUAUGGUACAUGUAGCAGUAGUGAUGAAGGCAGUGAUCACCAUCCUGGACCCAUAGCUACUCAUCAGGAAAUAGAUGAAAAGAGCUCAGGCCUUGAUCUCCAUCCUAAAGAGAUUGUUAAGACGCGUGCCUUCUGGACCUUAUGGGCAACAUUCCUUCUGAAUGGACAGACCAUUGUUUUCAUUUCAACCCUGUAUAAGGCCUAUGGACUGAGCUUUAUCUCUGAUGACAGGCUUCUUGCUUAUGUGGGUUCAGUCAGUGCUAUCUUCAAUGCAUCAGGAAGGCUGUUUUGGGGACAUAUUGCCGAUGUGUACUCAUAUAAGGUUGCAAUGACAUCACUGUGCUGUUGUAUGUCGGCACUCAUGCUCAGCUUUAUAGCAACACCUGCCGGGGGAGAAGCAAUGUUCUUUGUCUGGAUAUGUUUCAUAUUCUUCACUUUCUCCGGCAGUUUCUCGCUUUUUCCCACAGCAACUGCCAGAUCAUUUGGCACAAGCUACGUUGGCUUGAACUAUGGUCUGCUAUUUACAUCUCAAGCUCUUACUGGCCCAGUGGGUGUACUGCUGUCCACUACACUGAGUGACACUGUUGGCUGGUUUGGCAUGUUUGCCAUGAUGGCUGGUUUCUCUUUCAUUGGUGCAAUUCUAACUGUGACGUUCAAUGUGAAGAAACUGAAUGGUAGUGCUCUAUAAAUCCAACUCUUCACUUGUGGACUUGAUUCUCAGAAUGAGCCACAACAGGUUCAGCAACAGUAUUGCAUGUUUAUGGUGGUGAUCGGGCUCAAACCCAUCACCCUUUUGAAAUGGUCGAUGUGUUUCUUUCUCCCUUUGUUUCUUUCUCUCCUUAUUUCUUUUUUUUCUGGAUAAUAAUUGUCUGGGACUUUUUUUCUAAUCUGUUCAUGAUAUAAACUCAGUGGAACUUUCAACAUGUAUAGGUUUUCCCGGCCAAGUUAGCAGAUUUGGCGGCCAAAUUGGUGACCAAUCACUCAUUUUCGCACGAAUUUGAAUGCACGUGGAGAUCAACAUUCAAUGAGCUAAAAACACCAA